AUGACGGGAGGCCUAUGUGACGCAAGAGCCGCGCCAGUAAUUCAGCGCCAGAGGCCGUCGACCCGCAGUGAAAGUCGAAGAGGAAGGCCUUCUGAGCUGUUAAUCGCUGCAAAUGUUUCCGUUGCACUUUUUUUUGUAACUGUUAAUAAGAUCAACGGUCAACGGAUCGACGAGGCGCCACGCGGUCUGGGCGAGAGCCUCGCAAAAGACGAUAGCGGGAAUUGUGUCUCACCUAUGGCAUUUCCAGACGUGUUCGGCGAAGGAACAUUGGAGAAACCCAACAAUUGUAACAAAACCUCCCGUCCUUUUAGGGAACCGGCCAGGAAAAUAUGGAAACAUCUGCUCGUGCCAAAUUACCGUGUGCCGAUUUCUGCGCGGUGCGAUUGUCUUCCGCCCUUCUGCACUUUAAUGCCAAUCACCUUGCGAACGCCGCGAGGAGAAAUCGCGGCAGUUGGCGUUGCGUCAUCGGGAUGCUCCCGUGGCAUCAGGCAAAUGUCGGGUCACGCGUGCCUUCCGCCGUACGCGAACCGCGGGCGCGGCAUUCUGUUCAUACCCCACGGUUCCGCGACC